AGAUAAAUUCCUGCAACCCCUAACUUGUUUUUAGCCCUAACCCUAAGCUUGAUCAGACACGUCUUUACUUAUACCGUCACCACCGCCCUAAAUUCUUGGUAUUCACAGUAGGGAAUCCAUCGUCGCCUGCUGAAAAAAUGGUCGUACUAGCAGCGUCAAUAUGUACAAAAGGCGGUAAAGCCGUCGUCUCUCGCCAGUUCCGUGACAUGACUCGAGCACGAAUCGAAUCUCUCCUCGCCUCGUUCCCAAAACUCAUACCCACCAACACCCAACACACUACCGUCGAGACCUCGGAAGUCCGUUAUGUCUACCAGCCGCUCGAGGACCUGUACAUUCUUCUCAUCACCAACAAGGCCUCGAAUAUUUUACAGGAUAUCGAGACGUUGCACCUCUUCGCCCGGGUGGUGUCGGAUUUGUGCAGGACAGCCGAUGAGAGGGAGAUCCUCAUCAAGGCCUUUGACAUACUGGGCGCUUUUGAUGAGAUUGUGAGCUUGGGAUACAAGGAGAACGUCAGCCUCAUGCAGGUCAGGAGUGUGCUGGAGAUGGAGAGUCACGAAGAGAAAAUCCAGGAGAUUAUCGCGAGGGUGUGUUACACUGAAAUAUUUUCCCAGUUCGUUGCGUUUAUCCUUUACCCCCAGAACAAAGAGGCGGAAGCCAAGGAGGAGCUCAAGAGGCGUGCCAAGCAGCUUGAGAUGCAACGACGUGAGCAGCAGCGUCGCGCAGCUUCUACUGGCGGCAUGAACGCGUAUCUCGGUGGUGGGCCCACUGGAUACUCUCAGUUGCCGAGAUUCGAUCUCCCGGAAGCCACACCGUCAAGAAUCACGGCUUCCUCUCCAGGGCCAAUUUCGUCGCGCGCACCAGCUUUCAAGGGUUCUGGUAUGAAGCUGGGUAGCAAAAAGACGAAACAGGCAGAACUGCUUGAUGCACUGGGUGGUGAGGUCCUGGCGCCGCCUACGCCUGAUGUUUCUGCGCCAUCAACGCCUACAGUUUCCUCUGAGCCUUCCCACCAAAAUGUGGGGAGAGGGAGCCUGCCAGAAGUGGAGGCUGAGAGCGUCCAUAUUGUUAUCAAAGAACAGCUCAGUCUUUCGUUGCAUCGUGACGGAGGCUUACAGUCUAUGGAGCUCAAGGGCGAUAUGAACCUUCAAAUCUCCGAUGCCGAGUUUUCCCAUAUCAAGAUUUUGCUAUCGAACCCAACGACGGACUUUGGCGGACAUCAUCUGCAGUUCAAGCACCAUCCUAAUGUUCUCAAGUUUUCUUCGGGACAGCAGGAUCGUGUGGUCGCGCUGAAGGAUUCCAGCAGGGCUUUCCCUUUGCACCAGAGUAUUGGUGUGCUCAAGUGGAGAUAUGCUGGUACUGACGAGAGCAACGUCCCUCUAUCUAUUAACUGCUGGCCCUCACCGAACAAUGAUGGAACGUGCGAAGUUAGCAUCGAAUAUGAUCUCGAAAAUGAAAACGUCUCUCUGUACGACGUGGUCAUCUCGAUUCCUCUUCCUGAUGGUUCAUACCCUACUGUCUCCUCACAUUCGGGCGAGUGGUCACUGGAACCUUCGUCUCACUCUCUGGCGUGGACCAUGCCUCUCAUUUCUGGCUCAGAUGACACGAAGACUGGGUCGAUGAUCUUCACUGUUGGGGGUGAUGAUACGGGCGCUUUUUUCCCUGUCCAGGUCAGCUUCAUUGGCGAGGGUAGCUUGGCGGGGGUUUCUGUUACGAGUGUUUCCAAGAUUUCGGGCGAGGAAGUGGUGUACUCGGUCGAUUCGACGGUCACCGCUGAUACGUAUUCUGUUGUGUAAAAACUUAUAUUUUUCUCUUAUAUAAUUUUACUAUCGGUGCAAGAAAAGCAGGGUCACCUUUGCAUAUGACGUACUUCCGUUUUGGUUCUUUGCGUAAAUACCAUGAUGCUUGUGUUUCCUUCGCUUUCCUCUCACCCUUGAUAUAUGCACCAUCCACAGCCUUGUAUAUGGCGAGCCUUUCCAUUCCAGCAGUGUUGCCGGCUGAGGACCUACCCAUUGCAGAGGCUGGUGCGUUUUUGAUAGGUUAAAAAUGGGACUUUAUUCCGAGAAAGGCUUUGCUAACUCAACCAAACCUUUUAAGGUUACGCUAAAAUGCAAUGACCUCUGCUGUGAGCCUCUUGGUCAUCUUCAAGUGACGAGGAUACACCGGUCACCGACAAAUCCUUCAA